AUGUCCCAGAAAAAGGGUUCCAAGCAGCCGUUUUGGCUCGGGGGUGCCGCGGCCUCAAUAUCCGUGUGUUUUACACACCCACUAGAUCUCACAAAAUAUCGGAUGCAAGUCCUCCAAACACGUGCUCCCAUGCUACGCACCUUAUACAAUUUCGCUGUGCGAGACGGCAUUCCCUCCCUCUGGUCCGGCCUCUCAGCCUCCAUCCUCCGCCAAUCCACCUACUCCACAGCCCGCUUCGGCCUUUUCGCCGUCCUCUCCCGCCAGCUCCAACAAUGGUCCAGCAGUCCCAGUGCCCCCAACGCCAAGCUCUCGACUUUCGCCACUGUUGCGUGCGCAGGCGUGGCGGGAGGGUUGGCUGGUGUGGUUGGGAACCCGACCGAGGUGAUUCUCGUGCGCAUGUGUGCGGACGCGGCGAAACAGCCGGCGGAGCGAUUCGGUUACUCGAAUGCCGUGACGGGGUUGUGGCGGAUUGGUAGAGAGGAAGGGGUCAGGGUAUUUGGAAGGGGGUUGACUGCGAAUGUGGUUAGGAGCGUGCUUAUGAACGUUUCUCAGAUUGCGCCAUACGCCGCAGCGAAACGGAUGAUCCUAUCAAGGACCCAGUUGCAGGAUGAUAUCCGCACACACGCCCUUGCUUCGCUCUUCGCUGGCACGGUAGCCACCACGGUAUGCGCACCCGCAGAUGUGCUCAAGAGCAGGAUACAGAGCGCUGCUAAGGGGUUGAACGUGAUACAAGUUGUUCGAGAUGGCUUGGGACGUGAAGGUCCCAUGUUCUUGAUGAAAGGGUGGACGCCAGCGUGGUUGAGAUUAACACCACACACAGUCCUCACAUUCGUCAUCAUGGAGAAACUGCAGGACCUCGUAAAUAUGUCGACCUCCGCUCCAGCUCGGGUAGCGGUUUAA